AUGGCGCGUGCUGUGUUCCACUAUCAUGGUGACGAUUCCUUUUCAUCUUUCCCUCGUGGUACUUGUUUGCUAUCAGUCUCUCACCCGUAUUCAGCCUUGGAUGAAAUUUAUCGCCCGAUUGGGGCUACAUUCCCAAACAACCCGACUCGCGGACAGCACCUCGUGGUGCGACAAGGUCCAGGCACAACGGGGCUCUCACCCUCUUCGAUGCCCCUUUCCAAGGGACUUAGGCCCAGUCCAUCACUGAGAAAGUUCCUCCAAACUACAAUUCAGACGUCGGGGGCAUCCGAUUCUCAAGCUGGGCUCUUCCUGGUUCGGUCGUCGUUACUAAGGGAAUCCUGGUGA